UUUCAAAAGAGCAAUUCAAAAUUCGGCGGUCUUCUCUCAGCCACAUUUGAAAAAACCGCCGAACCUUCACCAUCUUCUGGAAGAAAAUUACCAAUGCUCCAUUUUCGCGCAGUUAAAGAUGGUGGUUUUGAGUGUUAGCCGACGAAUAGGCGAGAUAAAAUUCAAUGGCGCCUAAAAAAAAAUCUAGAAGCCUGAACGGGAGACCACUUCAUACAAAUGUCCCCUCGGCUCAGAAAAAUUAUAGGAGCUGCAAGAAUCAAAAGAAGAAAUUGUCUGAUAAGUUAGGACCUAAAUGGAGCAAGGAGGAAAUCAAGUGUUUCUAUGAAGGCUAUAGGAAAUUCGGCCAAGACUGGGAGAAGGUGGCUUCUUCUAUAUAUGAUAGAUCAAUAGAGAUGGUAGAAGCUCUUUACAAUACGAACAAGGCAUAUCUCUCCUUGCCAGAGGGAACAGCUUCUGUUGUUGGUCUUACAGCGUUGAUGACAGAUUACUAUCAUGUUAUGGGAGGUAGUGAUAGUGAACGUGAGAAUUAUGAUGCUUCAGGUUUUCAAAAACUUCCAAAGACCAAUCAAGGGAAAGUUAAAAUGAGUGUCUCAAAUGAAGACCAUUUGACUACUCAUUCAGUUACAGCAAGUGGUGGAUGCUUGUCUUCGCUUAGGAGUUUAUAUUAUGGUGAUCAACCUCGUGUUGUGGGGAAAAGGACACCUCGAUUUCCUAUUUCAUGUUCAAAUACAAGAGAUGAAUGGGAAAGUCGUGCUUCUGAAAGUAAAAGUUGGCAGAAAUCAGAAGUUGAUGUUAAUAGUGACGAAGUUGAACAUGUUGCCGCCUUAGCUUUGACUGAAGCCUCACAAAGAAGAGGCUCUCCCUCAACAUCUGUGCCUUGCAAGAUAAAAGAGAACAUGAAAUCCUCAUAUGAGGUCAGUGGAGGACAUAAAGGGAGACCAUAUGAAGAAUAUGGUUGCGAUCCUAACUCCUUAGUAGAUAGAGAAUGUGUAAAGACAGUUGAAGCUCAUCACAAGACGAAGAAAUGGUACAGAAAGAAGAAAGUUAUAGAUGUUAAAAACAGGCGGUCUCAUCAAAAUGUUGAGUAUUUAACAGAAAAUAGACUUGAAACAUCUAAUAUGGAUGACUUAUGCAGCCUCAGCGUUCCAGAGGGAAACGUUGGUACUGAAAUUUCAAAUGCAGAAUAUGAGCUAUUGUCUCCACUAGUUGAGGGAAAGAAAAGCAGGAAGCUGUUGCAUGAAGAUGAGAACACUGCUUUAGAUGCUUUGCAGACCUUAGUUGAUUUGUCUUUAAUGAUGCCAUAUACUGCCGCAGAAUCAGAAUCAUCUGCCCAAUUGGUGGAGGAAACUGAAUCGUUCAAUUUGGAAGACAAAUCUUGUAUUCCUCAAGCUACAUUAUCAGCUCGAAGUAGAGAUAAAGGAAAGCAAACCAUGGUUAAUGCAAUUUCCGGUAUUGGGAAUACAAGUUAUAUGCAAUCAAAAUCUGGAAGGGGCUUGUCAAUCGAUGUUGUUUCUAAAAAGAAAAAACGGCUUGAACAACCUGACACAACAUGGAAAAGAAAACGCAAGUUAUUGAUACCUGAUGAUACAAAAGUUCACGUGGAUGUCCAUUUAUGUGAAAAUUUGAAGACUGAAGCCACAUCUGAACAUAUUGAACCAAUAGAUAAUGAAAAUCAAGUCACUUUACCAAUUAAGCUGGGGAGUCGAAGUAGACAUAAGAUGGAACUUAAAAAAUUAUUGACCCCUCAAAAGACGAAGUCCUGUGAUGACAAAUUGGAAAAAAUGCCCAUGAAAUAUUCCACCUCUACGCAAGACAGAGGAUUCUUCCUCAAGGAUAAACUUUCUAAUUGCAUGUCAUCCACUUUGGUACGUAGAUGGUGUGUUUUUGAAUGGUUUUAUAGUGCAAUUGAUUAUCCUUGGUUUGCAAGAAGGGAAUUUAUUGAGUAUUUGGAUCAUGUUGGCCUGGAAAACCUCCCAAGGUUAACUCGUGUUGAAUGGGGUGUCGUAAGAAGCUCCCUCGGUAAACCUCGGCGGUUUUCUGAACGUUUUCUUCAUGUGGAAAGAAUGAAACUUGAACAUUACCGGGAAUCUGUCAGACAACAUUAUUCUGAACUUUGUGCUGGUAUUCGCGAAGGACUUCCUACAGAUUUGGCAAGACCUUUGUCUGUUGGACAGCGUGUUAUAGCUUUGCAUCCAAAGACAAGAGAAGUUCACGAUGGAAGUGUGUUAACGGUUUAUAAUGACAAGUGCAGGAUUCUGUUUGAUGAUCAAAUGGUCGGAGUCAAACUAGUGAUGGAUUUUGAUUGCAUGCCUUCCAAUCCAAUGUAUAAUUUGCCAGAAGCUCUUAAACGACAGAGCUGUUCCAUCAACACACUGUAUCUUGAAUGCAAAGAGCCACAAGCAAAUAUGCAUCCAAAUCUGAGUAGAAAAUUGGAGAAGGCAUCCAGCCAACACACCACUCAUGGAUUGGUUCCUUACACUACCUUUAAUCUGAAGCAGCACAAUAAUUUCUCUGGGUACUCAUUGCCUCUGUGGUUGAAGCCUCAAGCCAAUACCAGUGCACUUAGAAGCAUCCCUUGUUCUUUAAAUGUUUCUCAAGAAUCAGGAUGUAGGGUGGCCGAUAUUGUCAAUGGCUCAAGGGAAAAGGCACAAUUGAUGGUAAAUGUUGCUGUUGAGGUCCUAUCAAGCACAAAGGAAGGUGAUGAUCCAUUGACAAUGGUUUGGGGGGCUUUGCAUUCUUUUGAUAAUCAAAUAUCAUCAUCUGGGUAUCAGAAACUUUCAAUCAAGUCUCAAGAUCUUAUGAAUGAUAACUUAGGUCACUUUAAUCAGUUUUGCUCAUCAGAACACCUUUCUGCCAGUGAUUCAUCUAUUCCAAGUUUGAGACAUCCUGACCAAGGUUAUGCUGGAGUUCCUUCAGAUCUAAUCACUUCGUGUGUGGCUGCCUUAUUCAUGAUACAGGCGUGUAUCGAGUGCCCGUAUCCACCGGGCGACGUGGCUCAGAUAUUGGGUUCGGCAGUAAAAAGUUUACACCCAAGAUGUUCUCAGAACCUGCAUUUUUAUAAAGAGAUUGAAACUUGCAUUGGAAGAAUCAAAACUCAGUUGUUAGCCAUUGUUCCAACUUGAAUUCAAUAUGAUCCUCACUGUUUCAUAUGUACAGUAAGUAGUGUGUAAUCCUUAAUAACUCCAAUAUUUUGAUCUUGCAGCUUCAGCUUUAUGUUACAAAUCUACCUC